AUGCCGAUCGGAGAUUUGCUCGCCUCCAUCAGUGGCGACUCGUCACGCCCAUCCUCGACGCCGCCGUUGCCGCGAGUGAAUAGCAACCUCAAGCGGAAAGCCGAUGAGGAGUUGCGGCCUACGGUUUCAAAGACUCCGCGGACCACGCCAGUAGCCUCGGGCGGUUCAGCGACAUCCACUCGACCUCUCACGGACAAGGCACCCCCAACCCCGUACAAGGGCACCGCUGGCAAUCGACCGACCGCGGUAUCAAAACCCACUCAUAGUUCCGCUGUCAAAGCCGGCUCCGCCCCGGCCAGAUCAUCGAAUGGAGCAAGCGCAGCGAAACUACCUGCCAGCCGGCCAACGCCGGCCGCCGCGGCGCCAGCGGUAAAAGCUGCCCCGCCAAAGAAAGGUUCAUUCGCGGAGAUCAUGGCCCGGGCCCAGAAAGCUCAAUCCACCAUGGGACAAGUCGGGAAAAUCCAGCACAAGGUCACGGAAAGGGGUGUUGGCAGGAAGGAAAGGGAAGAGCCGGCCAAGGAUGCCAAACAACCCCUCGCCAGGACAUCAUCCAAGUUCAAAGGCUCUGCCAGGCCCGCCAAUGGUCCUUCGCGGCCCACCAACGGCUCGGCUCGCCCAACAAACGGCACAUCACGACCAGGAGGCCUACCACUACAGCGGAAUACCGCUACCAAGGACCCGCGUAAUGGCGCUUCUGGCCGAGGAAAGGACAAGCGAGCCCCUCCUGUUGAAGAGAAGAAGAUCAAGAAGGCCGCUAUUGCCACGACCGGCUACACUGGCACAGCCCGGCCCCGUCCUGGCACCACUUCCAAAGCGAAACCUGCAGCUCCUGGCGGCGCUCUCCUCAACCCCCGCACAGCUCCUCGCUACGGCGGCUCCUCCAAGCGCUCCCGCUACGAUGAAGACGAGGAUGAGGAGAUGGACGACUUCAUCGACUAUGAUGACGAGGAGGAGGACGACAUGGGCGGUCCUCGCUAUCGUUAUGAUUCGGGCUCUGAAUCCGACAUGGAAGCCGGCAUGGACGACAUUUACGACGAAGAGGCCGCGGCCGAGCGUGCCGCGCGGCGGGAGGACAUUGAACAGGAGCGCCUCGAGAAGCGCCUCAAGGCCGAAAAGGAGGAACGAAAGCGCAAAUUCCUCGAACAGCAGCGGAACCGCCGCUAG